GACUCGACCGCGUAUCUUAAAACGAUCGCAAGUUCAAAUUCAGCUUCACAUACUGGUAUUUAAUACCUGGGUAGUGGUUUCGGUCCUCACUCAAUAUAUGUGACUAUCGCCCUAAUACACUGAAGUCUCGGUGGUUGAAAAUCUUCAUUUCCUUCCUUCCUACUAACAAAUCAUUUAGAUAAUUAAAUGGAUAGUUCAAAACAAAAUAGUCUAGUAACAGAUGUCGAGUUUACUUUUCCCAAAACUCAGGCUAAAAUAGGAGUUCCUACAAAUUUUUUAUUAAUAAUAGCAGUUUAAGGAUGUAGAAUUUUCCUCGGCGUAUGAGAGUACGCUAGGUUACAUUUCACGUAAUGACUAUUUCUGUUAGAAUAUAUUAGGUUACACUAAUUUAGGAUUCUAGUACCUCUCAAGACGUAGUCUUUUUGGAGUUUGAACUAUAAUGGGUUACUUUGAGGAAGAUUUCCUCGCGACAUUUUUAAGAUAUGAUGAUUCAGUAAUCCCUAAAACAAGUUUGAAUUUUUGUGUUUUUGUUUCAUUCUCCCGAGAUUUCCUAUUGUAGCUUCUCCAACGUUGGGAGAUUAGAUUUACUUAAAGUAAUUGAUAUAAUAGCAUUUCUAUUCCUUACUGUCCAAUGCCAUAAGCCUCAUGGGUUAGAUAUAUCAGAUGCGUCUUAAGAUUGUCUGAAAAAUGUAUGAGAAUAAAGGUGUGGUUUAUAAAGGAUGGACGAGGAUCAUCACAAACUCGAAUAGAGUGUGGUUCAAGAUAAUCAAAUAACAAUAGGUUGAUAUUAAGGUAACUUCCUGCCAUUCUAAAAUUUUACAAGAUGAACGUGAUGGUCCUCUUGUUGAAGUUCUUCAUAAAUAUUUUUUGUACUGUGGAUGUUUAUACUGAUAUUUAAAAACAAUCUGGGUUCGUGAAAGUAGAUAUUCCUAACAACCCUCGCGCCUCCAUUCUAACCAGAGUUAUGAAUAGCUAAGCUCUUGAGAUAAUGGAAAUUAGACGUAAAUCCUUCGGAAAUUUGGGUUCAAGUCUAUGCUGUAAAAUAGAUAUUUCACUUAACCAGUCAGCUGUACUGGCUCUGCUGGCCACUCCUGAAAUUUGGUUCUAAAAGUAAAUUGUUAUGACUGGCCACGUUUAUGGUCUAGUUGUAUAUUUAUAUUCACCAAUCCACUUCAUAUCUGAUUCGCAUCCCGUCUUGAAUACCUACCUAUAUUUCUGUACAGUAGGUUUAUUGUCUUUUCUAGCGAAUUUAGUCCAAAGAUGACUCAUUGAAAAACUCCAAAUUGCUGCGCACUAAUGUCUGUUGGUAUCGUUUAUGGUGAUCAGUAUAGACGGCUGUGUUGUAGCUCACCUAAGUUUGGCGACAGAUACGCCUUGGUCAUGGAUUUAAUCAAUGCAUACAAACUCAUUCCAGAACUUUCUCGUGUGCCUCCCUUACAGUGGGAUUCACCUAAUCUCAUGUAUGAAGCAGUGACUACCUUUCACUCUAAAGAAUAUGUUGAUGCUCUUAAAAAAUUACAAAUGCUACACAUUGAGGAGAAAGAAUUGACUGCUGAUGACGAGUUACUUAUGGAUUCAUUUAGUCUGAAUUAUGACUGCCCUGGUUUUCCUAGUGUUUUUGAUUAUUCGUUGGCUGCUGUUCAAGGCAGUUUAGCUGCAGCUAAUGCUUUAAUCAGUCGUCAUUGUGAGGUCGUUAUCAACUGGGGCGGUGGGUGGCAUCAUGCCAAAAGAAGUGAAGCUUCUGGAUUUUGCUAUUUAAAUGAUAUCGUUUUGGCCGUCCAUCGACUGGUUUCAUCAACCCCAUCAGAAAUUUCACCCAACAGACAGACACGAGUAUUGUAUGUUGACCUUGAUCUUCAUCAUGGUGAUGGAGUAGAAGAAGCUUUCUGGUAUAGUUCUCGUGUAGUUACGUUUUCCGUACAUCAUGCCUCUCCUGGUUUCUUUCCCGGUACAGGAACCUGGAAUAUGUUCGAUAAUGAUAAACUACCGAUUUUCUUAAAUGGCGCUGGUCGUGGCAGAUUCUCAGCAUUCAAUUUGCCAUUAGAAGAAGGCAUCAAUGAUUUGGACUGGUCAAAUGCUAUUGGCCCUAUACUUGAUUCUCUUAACAUGGUUAUUCAACCAAGUUAUGUUGUAAUUCAAUGUGGAGCCGAUUGUUUAGCUACUGAUCCGCAUCGAAUAUUCCAUUUAACUAAUUUUUAUCCUAGUUUCAAUUCAGAUUGCGACUCAGAAUGUAGUUUAAGUGGUUAUUUGUACGCUAUUAAGAAGAUUUUAUCAUGGAAAGUUCCAACUUUGAUACUUGGAGGUGGUGGCUAUAAUUUUCCGGAUACAGCCAGACUAUGGACAAGAGUUACAGCUCUGACAAUUGAAGAAGUUAAGGGUAAAAAGAUGACACUUCUCCCUGAGAUUCCAGAACACUCCUACUUUUCUCGUUAUGGUCCGGAUUUCGAACUAGACAUUGAUUAUUUUCCACACAAAAGUCAUAAAGAAACACUUGACAGUAUACAGAAACAUCAUCGACGUAUUCUCGAGCAGUUGCGUAAUUAUGCUGAUUUAAAUAAAAUGACUUAUGAUUAUGAGAAAGUGUACCAAUUAUAUAAUUUAACUGAUAUGUAAAGUGCAGCUAUGAAUUUAUCCUUUGUUUACCAUGGAUUUAUUGCUCCAGACUUUUUAGUGAUGCAGUUCUACAGUUUUAUCUCUGUAAAUAAAAAUACAUAUAUGCUACUAUC